GUGUGUAGACGGAGCACUUAUUCAGACUCUGAGCUCAAGCUUACAGUUGUAGUCAGAUAUUAAAAUAUUCAAACUGCUUAUACUGUAAAUCCAGUGGAGAAUUAAACCCGAGGCUGUGCUUUUUCAAAGAGUGCUUCUUUGUGUUGCUCUUGUGGAGUAGAGGGAGUUUCAUCAGCUAUUUCAGGACCAGCUCUCUGAUUUGAUGGUGAGAGAUGUAUGAGCCGUUGCGGUCUGCGUGCUUCCCACACCGCAGCAUUCAGGGCUGAGAUCAACACGGCUCUCGCUGCCUGGAUUUCACGCGACAAUGUGCUCUUGAUGUGCCUUUCUGCCAGGGGGUCGUAGCUGAAGCGAGACACAUUUGACUGGCUGGGGCUCUAGCCAUGAUGGCCCCACGUAAGCGAGGAGGGCGGGGCCUGUCAUUCCUCUGCUGCUGUCUAAAGGGGCAGGACCAUCCCGAGAUCACCUACCGCCUCCGCCAUGACAGCAACUUCACACUGCAAACCAUGGAGCCCACCCUGCCCAUGCCCCCCACCGAGGAACUGGAUGCCAUGUUCACUGAACUGGUGGAUGAGCUGGAUCUCACAGAGAAACAUAGAGAGGCCAUGUUUGCCCUUCCUGCUGAGAAGAAAUGGCAAAUCUACUGUAGCAAGAAAAAGGAACAGGAAGAGAAUAAGGGGGCGACCAGCUGGCCUGAAUUCUACAUCGAUCAGAUAAAUUCUAUGGCUGCUAGGAAGUCCCUGCUGGCCUUGGAGAAGGAGGAUGUGGAGGAGAGGAAUAAGACCAUAGAGAGCUUGAAAACAGCCCUCCGCACACAGCCAAUGAGGUUUGUGACACGCUUCAUAGACCUCGAUGGACUGACGUGCAUCUUGAACUUCCUGAAAACGAUGGACUACGAGACCACCGAAUCUCAGAUCCACACCUCACUCAUUGGCUGCAUUAAAGCCCUGAUGAACAACUCUCAGGGACGUGCCCAUGUACUCGCACAUUCAGAAAGCAUCAACAUUAUCGCUCAGAGCUUGGCCACCGAGAACAUCAAGACCAAAGUGGCCGUUCUGGAGAUCAUGGGUGCUGUUUGCUUGGUGCCAGGAGGACACAAGAAAAUCCUGGAAGCCAUGAUGCACUAUCAGAAGUUCGCUUGUGAACGGACGCGAUUUCAGACCCUUCUAAAUGACUUGGACAAGAGUACGGGCCGCUACAGAGAUGAGGUGAACCUCAAGACGGCAAUCAUGUCCUUCAUCAACGCGGUCCUCAGUCAAGGAGCAGGGGAGACCAGUUUGGAGUUCAGAAUUCAUUUGCGGUAUGAAUUUCUAAUGCUGGGCAUCCAACCAGUGAUUGAUAAAUUGCGGUCCCAUGAAAACUCCACGUUAGAUCGGCAUUUGGACUUCUUUGAGAUGCUACGAAAUGAAGAUGAAUUAGCCCUAGCUAAGCGGUUUGAAAAUGUUCAUAUAGACACUAAAAGUGCCACUCAGGUGUUUGAUCUCAUCCGGAAGAGGAUAAACCACACGGACGCCUUCCCGCACUUUAUGUCUGUCUUACAGCACUGUCUUCAUAUGCCUUACAAAAGAACUGGGAACACUGUGCAGUACUGGCUCCUUCUCGAUCGAAUUGUCCAGCAGAUUGUCCUACAGAACGAUAAGGGUCAUGACCCCGAUGUGGCUCCCCUUGAGAACUUCGACGUGAAGAACGUGGUGCGAAUGUUAGUCAAUGAGAACGAGGUGAAACAAUGGAAAGAACAAGCGGAAAAAAUGAGAAAAGAGCAUAAUGAACUUCAGCAGAAGCUGGAAAAGAAAGAAAGAGAGUGUGAUGCAAAAGCCCAAGAGAAAGAAGAAAUGAUGCAAACACUCAAUAAGAUGAAAGAGAAGCUGGAGAAGGAGAGCAGUGAACAUAAGCUUGUUAAGCAGCAAGUGGCUGACCUUUCUGCCCGGCUACAUGAGAUGAGUAAUAGGACAAAUAUCCCAGGCGGCCCCCCUCUCGUCCCAUUGGCCCCUGGUAGCAUCCCACCUCCACCACCAGGUCUAGCUGGCAUUCCUCCUCCACCACCUCCAGGUGGAGCACCACCACCCCCUCCCCCUCCCCCUGGUGGACCGCCACCUCCACCAGGCCUGCCUGGCUUUGGUGCUCCUCCUCCCAUUGGAGGUCUUCUGGGCUCCACGCUGAAGAAAAAGAACAUCCCUCAACCGUCCAAUCCGCUUAAGUCUUUCAACUGGACCAAACUCAGUGAAAAUAAACUGGAAGGGACAUUGUGGCUGGAAUUGGAUGAAAUCAGAGUUUUCAAACAAUUGGACUUGGAGGAUAUUGAAAAAACAUUCUCCGCUUACCAGAGACAGCAGGACUUUCUGUUCAAUAACUUUAGACAGAAAGAAUCAGAGGAUGACACUGUCACUUCUAAAAAGGUCAGAGAAUUGUCUGUCAUCGAUGGUCGCCGUGCACAAAACUGCAACAUCCUUCUCUCCAAGUUAAAACUCUCCAAUGAGGAGAUCAAGAGAGCCAUACUGACCAUGGAUGAGCAGGAAGACUUACCCAAGGAUAUGUUGGAGCAGCUGUUGAAGUUUGUGCCAGAAAAAAGUGACGUAGAUCUUCUGGAGGAACACAAACAUGAGUUGGAGCGGAUGGCGAAGGCAGAUCGCUUCCUUUAUGAGAUGAGCAGAAUCAACCACUACCAGCAAAGACUGCAGUCUCUUUACUUCAAAAAGAAGUUUACAGAAAGAAUAGCAGAAAUCAAGCCGAAAGUGGAAGCUCUCAAUAAAGCAUCUAAGGAGGUUCUUCAGAGCAGGAAUCUUCGACAGCUUCUGGAGGUGGUGCUGGCCUUCGGGAACUACAUGAACAAAGGCCAGAGGGGCAAUGCCUAUGGAUUCAAAGUGUCCUCUCUCAACAAGAUCGCUGACACCAAGUCCAGCAUCGACAAGAAUGUCACUCUUCUGCACUACCUGAUUACCAUUCUUGAGCAGAAAUACCCUAAAGUCAGCCUGAUUCAUGAGGAUCUGCACAACGUUCCAGAAGCUGCCAAAGUCAACAUGACUGAACUGGAGAAAGACAUUAACAAUCUGCGCACUGGCUUAAAAAGCGUGGAGACGGAGCUGGAGUACCAGAAGGGUCAGCCUCAGACCCACGGCGACAAGUUUGUGUCUGUUGUGAGUCAGUUCAUCACUGUUGCUGGUUUCAGUUUCUCUGAAGUUGAGGACUCUCUUCAGGAUGCCAAGGAAUUGUUUGAGAAUGCCGUAAAGCACUUUGGGGAGGACGCCACACGUAUGCAGCCCGAAGAGUUCUUUGGCAUCUUUGAUCAGUUCCUACAGGCCUUCAAUGAAGCUAAACAGGACAAUGAGAACAUGAAGCGACGCAAGGAAGAAGAGGAGCGCAGAGCCCGCAUGGAGGCACAGCUCAAGGAACAGCGUGAGAAGGAAAGAAAAGCCCGGAAGGCCAAAGAGAACUGCGAGGAGGAUGGAGAAUUCGACGACCUGGUGUCUGCACUUCGAUCUGGGGAGGUGUUCGACAAAGAUCUAUCGAAGAUGAAGCACAACCGCAAACGUCCCGUCAAACAGAGCGCAGAAAGCAGCAGAGAGAGGCCCAUCACCAAACUCAACUUCUGAGGAAGCUUUGCAUGCGAGCGCUGCCUCCUGGUGGUAGAGCUGAGACAUUACACUUGCGUGCACAAUGCUCUACCACUGUUUAUAACUGGAGAGGAUAUCCAGGCCCCAUUUGUGCUGACUGCCAAAAUACUUCUGAAAGAUUUAUAAAGGCUUUUCUAAACAUGUAAAUCAGUUGACAGUGUUUGUGUUGAAGAUGACAGGAGUUGUGCACCAAGGAAACCGUAGUUCUCCCCACGGAAAGAAUGAGCAGAAAGGGCUACAUGCUUUAUAAAGCAUUAAAAAAACCCGGUGCUGAAAUGUACACCCAUUUUCGUAGUUUUGCUUCCCUGACAACCAUAAACCCUGUUUAUUUCUGUCAGGUCAGAUACUGCAUAUGUUUUUGUCUAUUUUUUGGUAGUGUACAAACUGAACUUUCUAGAAACAGGCCUUGUUUUGCAACGCUAAAAGUCAGUUUUUUGGAAGCAAAAGUGAUAUUUGCCAAUUCUUGGGACUCAAAUGACAAAGUCACUGAUACUUGUAUGGUGUGAUCGGCCUAAGUAGUAAGUAUUUCCUUUUGUUACACUUGUAACUCAAGCACAAGUGAUUGUUUGGUAAUAAAGGGUCCAUUCCAGACCUGUUAAAGCACAAUGCACAAUUUUAGAAAAAAAACUCUUCUAUGAAAUGUUAUUGAAAUUAAAGUGUUUAUUAUAAUCUACCGAUGCCAUGUAUUAAAUGUACUGACAGGAAUUAUAGUGGAAAACAAUAUGCUGAGAUAAAAUUUUGAUUGAAAGUAUAUUGUAGAGACACAAUGUCCUUUUUUUGCGGUUACCAAAAAGAAGAUUCAUUAAAAAGAGCUGUGGAUGCGAAACAUACAUCUUAAGCAAACCAAACUGUCUGCCAUGCAUGUAUAUUCUUGUAAUUUCUUUUGUUUGUGUUUAAGGUUGUAUAUAUGUACAUAUACCCAUUGUUAACUCUUCUGACCAAGGCUUUUUCUUAGUCCUUGACACAAUUUUGUGCUAAUAAUUUUUCCUGUUGAUCAGAUGCCAUUAAACCUUUUUCACUAAUAGUUCUUUGUAAUAUUGUAUUACUUUGUAAUAGUUUCCUUUGUUGGCGGGAUUGUUUCAUUUUCUUUAUUUAAGAAUUCAUUUGGAUGUAAGAUAAGUAAUCAAUAAACAAAACCCUGAGGGUCA